AAUAAAUAAAUAAAUAAAGAUAGAUAUAGGAGAGAGAAAAAUAUAGAGCGAGAAACCCAAUUCUGGUGUAAGAUUUGAGGCAAAACGCCAUUACCAAUGCCGAGCGAAGUAUCAUCGGAAUCCGCCACUCACCGCCGCCGCCGCCGUUCUCCAAAUAUUCCCAAUAUAAUAUUAUUCCCGAUCAUCUUCCUCAAUAUUCUCCCGCUCUGUCGUCCCCUUACAGAAGAAGUCACUGUUCUACUCUCCUGGAUUUUUCAUUCCCCCUCCUCGCCGCCGCCGUCGCCGGAGUUUUCAAAUUGGGACCGGCGAGAUUCCACCCCCUGUCAAUGGCGAUUCAUCUCCUGUUCUUCCGACAAUCUCGUCACCGAAAUCAAUAUCCAAUCCAUUAAUCUCGCUUUCCCCUUCCCGCCAAAUCUCUCCUCCCUCACCGCCCUCCGCAGCAUCACCAUCUCCGGCGCGAAUCUCACCGGAGAAAUCCCCGCCGGAAUCGGCGACUGCGUUUCUCUUAGAAGGAUCGACGUCAGCGGUAACAGUCUCGUCGGAAACGUUCCAGAGAGCAUCGGAAAGCUCCAAAACCUCGAGGAACUUAUUCUGAACUCCAACCGCCUCACCGGCCGGAUUCCGGCGGAGCUCGGGCGGUGCACCCGCCUGAAAAUUCUGUCCCUAUUUGACAACAGACUCACCGGAAACAUUCCUCCCGAAAUCGGAAACCUCACAUCUCUCGAAACCCUCCGCGCCGGCGGGAACCACGCCGUCGCCGGAAAAAUCCCCGGCGAAAUCUCCAAUUGCCGGAACCUGCAAGUCCUCGGCCUCGCCGAAACCAAAAUUUCCGGCGGAAUUCCUCCUUCCUUAGGUAACCUAAAAAACCUCAAAAUUCUGUCCCUUUACACCUCAAUGCUCUCCGGGGAAAUCCCGCCGGAGAUCGGAAACUGUACGGAGCUGGUAGAAUUAUAUCUGUUCGAAAACAACCUGUCGGGUCCGAUUCCGAAGGAGUUAGGAAAUCUCCUGAAGCUCGAGAAGCUGCAGCUAUGGCAGAACGCUCUCGUCGGCGCCAUUCCCGCCGAGAUUGGGAACUGCAAGAACCUCUUAAACGUCGACGUUUCGUUAAAUCUCCUGUCGGGAAAAAUCCCAGAAUCUUUCGGGAAUCUCACCAGUCUAGAAGAGCUGAUGUUUAGCAACAAUAACGUCUCCGGUUCCAUCCCUGCGGUUCUGUCCAAUGCCCGGAGGUUAGUCCUAUUAGAGGUCGACAGCAACCAACUUUCCGGCGAGAUCCCGGCGGAGCUCGGCUCCCUCCGCCGCCUGCAAGUCUUCUUCGCAUGGAACAAUAAACUUCAGGGAAGCAUUCCAGAUUCUCUGUCCGGCUGCCACCAUCUCCGGGCAAUAGAUUUCUCCAAGAACUUCCUCACCGGAAACUUACCCCGGAGCAUUUUCCGGCUGAAAAAUCUGACCAAGUUUCUGAUGAUCGACAACAAUUUGUCAGGCCCGAUCCCGCCGGAGAUCGGUGAUUGCCGAGCUCUGUUCCGGCUUAGGCUAUCGGGGAACAUAUUCAACGGCCAGAUUCCGCGACAAAUCGGCCUUUUGUCGAAUCUCAAUUUCCUCGAUCUUUCCGACAAUCGCCUCGCCGGGACAGUCCCGGAAGAAAUCGGAAACUGUCGAGAAUUGCAAAUGCUGGACCUUUCCGGAAACUCGCUUUCCGGAAAACUCCCCAGCUCUUUGUAUUACCUUAUCAAGCUCGAAGUAUUGGACCUUUCGAUGAACCGGUUUUUCGGAGAAAUCCCCGACGGUUUCGGGAAGUUGUAUUCACUCAGUUCGCUCUCUCUCGCCAGCAAUUCGCUGUCGGGAACAAUCCCCGCCACGCUCGGGCGAUGCUUGCAGCUUCAAAUGCUCGAUCUCAGCCGGAAUCGACUCGUCGGAAGUAUUCCGGUAGAGAUCUUCGAAAUCGAGUCCCUCGAAAUAGCUUUGAAUCUCAGCUGCAACGCGCUGUCGGGGAAGAUUCCAGCACAAAUCGCGGCGCUAAAUCGACUGUCGAUUUUGGACCUUUCGUAUAAUGAUCUUGACGGGGACUUAAAGUCUCUUGCCGUGCUUGCGAACCUCGUCUCCUUGAAUGUUUCUUACAACAAUUUCACCGGCUAUCUCCCCGACAACAAGUUGUUCCGACAGCUCUUGCCGCGGGAACUCGCCGGGAACCCGGGUUUGUGUUCUCGGGUUCGCGAUUCGUGUUUUCUAAUUAGUGCAGGAAUUCAGCGCGACGACGACGGUAUUAGGUGGUCGGGGAGGGUGAAAUUGGCGAUUGUGCUCCUCGUUGCAAUCGUGAUAGCAUUAACUGUGCUCGGGAUUAUAGCAAUCGUAAGAAUUAAUAACAUGAGUAGUCGAGACGACGACGACACGGAGUCGUGGAAGUUUACGCCGUUCCAAAAGGUGAACUUCUCGGUCAAACAAGUACUACGAUGUCUCGUCGAGGGCAAUGCGAUCGGUAAGGGAUGCUCGGGAGUUGUCUAUUGCGUCGAACUCGGCGAUGGCGAAGUCAUCGCCGUGAAAAAGCUAUGGCCGCGGCCGAUAAGUGGUGGUCGGGAUUUGUUUUCGACGGAGGUUAGGACACUCGGAUCGAUUCGUCAUAAGAACAUCGUUAAGUUGUUGGGGUGUUGUUCGAACGAGACGACGCGGCUACUAAUGUUCGAUUACAUGCCUAACGGAAGCCUUGGAAGCCUACUUCACGAGAAGCGUCGGGGAUCGAAUUUGGAAUGGGACGUAUGGUACCGAAUAAUUCUUGGCGCGGCGCAAGGCUUGGCCUAUCUCCAUCACGAUUGCGUCCCGACGAUUAUUCAUCGCGACGUUAAGGCUAAUAACAUCUUGAUCGACGGAAACUUCGAGCCGUAUAUUGCAGAUUUUGGCAUUGCUAAGUCGAUUGAGGACGGCGAUUUCGUGCCGUUUUCUAAUACAGUCGCGGGAUCCUACGGAUACAUCGCUCCAGAGUAUGGAUAUGCGAUGAAGAUAACGGAGAAGAGCGACGUGUAUAGCUACGGCGUGGUGGUGUUGGAAGUGCUGACGGGGAAGCCGCCGGUGGACGGGAGCUUGCCGGAGGGAGUGCAUAUAGUGGAAUGGGUGAGGGGGAGGUGGAUGGGGGACACGGGCGUGUUGGACCGGAGGGUGAGGGAGAGGCGGAUGCGCGACACGGGCGUGUUGGACCAGAGUCUGCGGGGAGGGUCGGCGGGGGAGGUUGAGGAGAUGUUGCAGACGUUAGGGGUUGCUAUGCUGUGCGUGAAUCGGACGCCGGAGGAUCGGCCGGCGAUGAAGGAUGUGGUGGCGAUGCUGAAGGAGAUCAGGCAGGAGAGUGUGAUCGUAAAAGGGGCGGCGGAGAACGGCGGCGGAGUUGGGAUUGCCGAUGAGGAAUCGGAUCUACAUAUUUGUGUUUUGUAGAUAUUUUAUGAUAUGAAAUUAUGUUUUUCUUAUCAUAUUGCCUAUUUUUUAUUAAUAAUGUUU